CGGUCCCAUGCUCAGAGCACCUCAUUGGCAACUGGUGGACGACCUACAGCAGUACUUCUCAAAUAGUGGGGCGGGUCCCUGGGGGGGGUGAGGUCCAAUGGAAUAUGGCACGGUGGACACAAGUGUACCACUGCUGUAAUGCUUGAAUGAUAACAAGCCUCCAGUCACUAGGUGGCAGCAACUCAUACAGUGGUUUGUACGUAUAGAAAUAUACAUGUUAUCAGGUUCUCAAUAGUGUUUCAAUUUGAAAUGAUGCGUGGACUGGUGAACUGGACCCUGUCCAGCUGAUGACUGCCGGGGUCAGUUCCAGCUUCAGUGGACUACGUGGUAGAACAUAAGAAGCUUUGCACAAAAGUUAAUGCACAAAACAGAAGUCAGGAGCAGCAGCCAGAAUCAGGUGAUGUCAUGUCUGCUCCGCCCUUCUCCUGUAAUUAGCCUCUUCUAUUACACCUGGGUUUUACCUUCACACUGAUUACCUGAUGUGCUCCACCUGUGCUGCCAUCUUGUGCAAACCCACACACUCUCAGUCUGUCGUGGUCGUGCUGGACUGUUGAGACUCUUUCUAAUGUCUGCUCCUAAAUCCUGUUGCCUGUGUUUCCUGUUGUCUGCUCACGGUGGAGUCUCCAUGUUCUCCACAUCCUAUCACCAACACCUGCUGCAUACAGACUCAAUCUCUUGUGUCUUUCUAGUUUGGCUUACAGCAAGAGCAGUGACAGGCUUCAGUUGACCCCCAUUUGACCCCUGAAGUGUACCAGUCCUGUUUUUGAUGAAGGAUCCAGUGAACUCCCAUCUAAACCCUCCAUCACUCCACGCAGCCACAGGAAUUCCCACUGCUGUUCUACUACUCCAGCACUUCAGUGCAGUCAGGGCCCAAGAGUGUUUGAUUCCAGUCGGUACUACUCCAGCAGCAUCCCUCCUCCGCUCCUCCCCCUCCUCCUCCUCCUUUUCCUCACACUCACGCUUCCCGCCCUCCCCCUCAGCCUCUCCGCCUCCCCUCGUCUUCCCCGGACUGCAGUGGAGGAAGGAAACCGCUGCACCGAAGAAGACGAGAAACAAGAAGAAAAAAAGAGAAAAGAUCUAGUCGCGAUGCCGUCAACCUCUGCUGCUGUGGAGGGAGGAGGGAACCAGCAAACCGGCAGCACACACACUCACUCCAACUCGGCAUGAACACCCGGCUCCUCUGUGCCAGAUUGCUGAUGGUCUGCUCUUCUAGGCUCUGACGGAUCAACUGUUUAGAAUUGCAGCAGUCCGGCGACUCCCGUCCAAUGGAAUCAGACAUCAUUACUUAAUCAUUAGUGUCGCAGCAGCUGAGUGGAUUUUCAGCUCCUAUAAACUGCUCUGAGUCUGAGGGGAACGGUUAACUCCAGCUUUUACCUGUCAUCCUGACUGGAGUCAAACCUCAGUAGGGUUGAAUUUAACAAAAAAAAAGAGUUUUUAUUGCCAAACAUCUCUGUGCCAAGAUGGAUGAAACUCACAACAGGACAACUUUGGUCAAAGGUGCCAAGGACAUCGCUAAAGAAGCCAAGAGGCACGCCGCCAAAAACUUCAACAAAGCCGUGGAUCGUGCCUCAGAUGAAUAUUCCACUCAACGCAGCUACAACCGUUUCCAGAACGAGGGCGAAGAAGAGAACUACGAUCAUUACAACCAACAAGACGGCUUGUACGCUGACAACGCAGCCAGCGAUGAAGAGGGGGCCUCCAGUGAUGCAACAGAAGGCCACGAUGACGAAGAUGAGAUCUACGAGGGGGAGUACCAAGGCGUCCCGGCCUACAGUGACGGGAAGCCCCAGGACGGACAGGUGGCUCUGGGCCAGCCGGUUUCUGACAGUCUCAAGGGCCGCAAAGAGCUGGAAAAUGAGCGUCAGGCCGAUGAAGAGGAGCUGGCCCAGCAGUAUGAGCUGAUCAUGCAGGAGUGCGGUCACGGGAGAUUCCAGUGGCAGCUGUUCUUCGUCCUCGGCCUGGCGCUCAUGUCGGACGGUGUGGAAGUGUUCGUCGUGGGCUUCGUCCUGCCCAGUGCUGAGACGGACAUGUGCGUCCCCAACUCUGGUGCAGGUUGGCUGGGUAGUAUUGUCUACCUGGGGAUGAUGUUCGGAGCCUUCUUCUGGGGCGGCCUAUCAGACAAGGUGGGCCGUAAACAGUGCCUGCUGAUCUCCAUGUCGGUUAACGGCUUCUUCGCCUUCCUUUCGUCCUUCGUUCAAGGCUACAGCACGUUCCUCUUCUGCCGCAUGGUCUCCGGCUUCGGGAUCGGUGGAGCAGUUCCAAUAGUCUUCUCAUAUUUUGCGGAGGUCUUGGCUCGGGAGAAGAGGGGAGAGCAUCUGAGCUGGCUCUGCAUGUUCUGGAUGAUCGGAGGAAUUUAUGCCUCAGCCAUGGCCUGGGCCAUCAUCCCACAUUAUGGCUGGAGUUUCAGCAUGGGCUCGGCCUACCAGUUCCACAGCUGGAGAGUGUUUGUGGUGGUGUGUGCGCUGCCCUGCGUCUCCGCCGUGGUUGCUCUGACGUUCAUGCCUGAGAGUCCGCGCUUCUACCUGGAGAAUGGGAAACACGACGAGGCCUGGAUGGUGCUCAAACAAAUCCACGACACCAACAUGCGCGCCCGUGGGGAACCAGAGAGAGUUUUCACGGUGAACAGGAUUAAAGUCCCCAAGCAGUUGGAUGAGCUGGUGGAGAUGCAGAAUGAGUCAGCCAACCCUGUGCUCAAGGUCCUCUACAAAAUCAAGGCUGAGCUCACAGGAAUCUGGUCGACUUUCAUGAAAUGCUUCAACUACCCAGUGAAGGAGAACACGAUGAAACUGGCUGCUGUCUGGUUCACUCUGUCUUUUGGGUACUAUGGGCUGUCUGUGUGGUUUCCUGAUGUCAUCAAACACCUUCAGGCCGAUGAGUACGCGUCCAGGGUGAAGAUUCACAACAACGAGCACAUCGAGGACUUUACCUUCAACUUCACGCUGGAAAACCAGAUCCACAAAAACUCUGUCUUCCUAAACGACAGGUUUAUCGGCAUGAAGUUCAAGGCAGUCACGUUCGUCAACACCUCCUUCAUAAACUGUUAUUUUGAAGACGUUUCCUCUGUGGGAUCCUUCUUUAGGAACUGCAUUUUUGUAGAUUCGUUUUUUUACAACACAGAUAUUGACGAUGCCAAACUGACAAACUCACGGGUGAACAACAGCUCCUUCCACCACAACAAGACAGGCUGUCAGAUGACGUACGAAGACGAUUACAGCGCCUACUGGGUUUACUUUGUCAACUUCCUGGGAACACUGGCCGUGCUGCCUGGAAACAUUGUCUCUGCGCUUCUAAUGGACAAGAUAGGACGCCUCAGCAUGUUAGGAGGCUCCAUGGUGCUGUCAGGCAUCAGCUGCUUCUUCCUGUGGUUUGGCACCAGUGAGUCCAUGAUGAUCUUCAUGCUCUGUCUCUACAACGGCCUCAGUAUUUCAGCCUGGAACUCCCUGGAUGUGGUCACCACUGAGCUGUACCCCACAGAUAGAAGGGGCACGGGCUUCGGCUUCUGUAAUGCCAUCUGUAAGCUGGCAGCCGUGUUGGGAAACCUGAUCUUUGGCUCUCUGGUCGGCAUCACGAAGGCUAUUCCCAUCCUGCUGGCGUCGUCCGUGCUGGUCUGCGGUGGCCUGGUGGGGCUGCGGCUGCCGGACACGCGGGCCAACGUGCUCAUGUGAACGUCUACCAAAAGCAGUAUUGUUGUUUACCAGGUGUCCACUCGUUUUGCUGAAUAAUGUGUUGUAUAAACUAGAGUAAUUCAAAUUUUAAGGGCAUUAUCACAGGCACAGGCUGAGAUCUUGCCUUGAACAUUUAGUGUUCAAUCAGGUGGGCUCUGUCCACAGUUUUACACAGACUGUUAUUCUGUCUUUUCUGAGUGAAUCACCUGGUAAAUUGGGGAAAAGUGCAGUCUAUUUUAAUUGAGAGCUGCGGAUAUAAAGAACUUGAGGGCGGUGUCAGUGGUCAGUCGAUGUGGAUUCUGUCAUGAAUCCAAUAAAAGAAGGUCAAUACUUGGUUACAGAACUCUGUAUAUCAGCAGCUCUGCAUAUCUAUUCACCACAGGCUGUUUCACGCAGGCAAAAAAACAAACUGCAUUGCGAUGCUGCAAAAGGCAUGAACAAGUUGACAUUAAUAUCCUUAGUUCAGUUCCACAUUUCAGGAGACAUGCUUAUUGAAAGGCAAUGAGCACUUAGAGCCUAGUAGAUGAUGUUUUGAAUCAGCUGCUUAGUUUUAUA